AUGGCAUGCCCGUUGCUUUACCCUGGACUGCAUGUCGUGCAUCCCUCUUCCAGCACAUGCCCUUCUCCGUCUUCUGGUCUUGUGAGGCUACCGGUCAAGACUUACGACGAGAACGACCACCUGGUCACUGUUGAGAGCGAUCCCGUCAAGUUCGAAGGCAAGGUCAACCUCUCAUGGGUUAUCUUAGCGAGCCUGGAGAGCAAAACGAUUCAGCAGGUUGGCAUCGCAUUCUCAGUGCGUAAGACCCUCCCAACUGGGGCGUUUGGCGCGAUCAUCUAUAGCGGGAUGGCACCUUCUGGGAGAAUCUUGGGUCGGCUCCGUCGACAAGUUCCAGUCGAGGAUCGGCUCCGUCUUGCUAUGUUGCCCACGACCGUGGUGAAGGCAUCAUCACUCAAAGCACACAGACUGUACCGACUACGAGGCUCCGGCUCACAAGUUCACAGCCAACUUGCUCGCGCACCGGCGGGAGUGGCUAUUAGGCCCUUCGAGUGGAAGCAGGACAUUCCUAUUGAGGUCAAGCUCAGGACUCAAGGCAACGCCAUCAGAUAG